AUGGGAAAUUCAUGGGCGAGCUUAAGGGAGGAUGUUGAGGGACUUCGAGUUUAUAUGAAGCUUUACACCUUCGGCGCUUGGAGAAGAAGUUUUAGAAGAAGCCAAAAAUUUCGGUGCCGGACAUCUCAAGUCAUUGAUCUUAGGGAAAUUUCAAGGUAUUUUUCUAAAGACUUCGUCAUGCUCGAAGUGGGAUUGGCUAAGGUGGGGUUUGAUACGUGUGGAAGUAAGGAUCUGGUGUCUUGGAAUUUAUUGGCGGGUGGGUAUGUGAAACGUGGGGAGAUGGAGGAGGCAUAG